AUGAUUAAAUCAACACCACAAACAUCGGUCCCAGACACUGGUCACUCGACGCUUGCUCAAUCGGCACAAAAUCCCUUCACUGAGGAAUCACAUCCUGAUUAUACAUCAUCAUCAUCAUCAUCAAGCAAAGACUUCGAUCAAAACCCAAGCACUGAAUUGACCCAACUGACUCGCCUGAAUCACCUGAAUCAGAUACUGAGUAGCCUGAACCACCUGUACUCAAGAUCCACUGAUAUACUUCUUCAACAACCACAUGAAAUGACUCAAGAUUCAUUGAAACGACUUGAAGUUGAAUCAACCUCGAGUGAAUCCCUAAGUGCUGCUGCUGCAAUUGCUCAAUAUCCAUAUUACAACUUGGAUGAUGUGAUGGCAUCACCUAGCUCACAAAGUCAAAGUGCCACUACAGGUAAUCAUCCAGCUAGUGGCAGUGGUAGUGGGUCAAAAAAGUUUACACCAAGAUCAAGUCCCCGUAAACAACAGCAACAAUACAACCAGAAUAGUAGUUCCGGGUCAGGAUCAAGAUCACAACAUCAGCGAAUUGGUCCUGAUGGUGUUCCCUUGAGUCCAAUUGAUGAUGAUUCAUUCAAUCAAGUCCCGAAAAGAUUCUCACAAUUUAUUAUUGAUCAACAAAACCCGCACAUUUCACAACGAUUAGAUAAUUUAUCAAUGAUUUCAUCCAGUUUGGAAUCGGAUCAAGCAAGAAACAAUGGAACGAGUGAGGAUGUAAGCGGGAACUCACGAGAGACGAUGUUGAGUGAGAAUCAAAACAACUACAACAACACUCAUAACAGCUCUAUCAAUACUUCACCUACAAUGGAUCCCCAUAGAUUAGUGAAUAACAAUACUGCUCAUGAUGAUAUUCAAUCAGUUUCAGUGUCCAAUAGGGAUGAUAUUUCCGAAUCAAUGGGUUCACAAGCAACCAUUUUUUCAACAAGGCAAGAGCCAGAAGCAUUAUUGACCAAUCGAAGGGUUGGCAGAUUAAGCACUGGGCUUAACAAAACCAAAUCUUUAUUCAACAAGAACAAAAUGACCAAGGGUAAAAACUCACGGCUGAAAAUUGUUAAUCGAACGAGUACUGUACGAUUAUACAAGAGCCCCACUUCAUCAAUCACAUCAUCAUUGCUCAUGAAUAACAAUCAAAAUAAAGCUGCUCGUGGUGGGAAAACUACUGGUGCAACUCGUAGUGGUGGUUUGGGGAAUACGAAUGGAACCGCAACCUCAACGACAACCCCUUCUAUCCAAUCAAGUGCUAGCUUAACUAGACAAAAUGCCAUUAAAACUAAAAAAGGAAGUUGGUGGUAUCGAUUACAAUUGAAAAUCCGCCAAUUUUGGACCAAAUUCAAAUUCUACAAUUUCAAAGCAUCGUCAUCGAAAAAGAGACAAGUUAGUGUAAGGAGAAGAAGAGGUAAUAGGGACAUUUCUCGUACAAACCCAUCAUCAUCACAAUCAAUAAAGAAAUCCAAAUCUUUGGUUCGCAAAGUGAGAGAAAAUCCUCAAAAUCAAGAUUUGAAACGAUUGGCAUCGAUCAAAAUACCACCAGCUCAUCAAUUUGAUCAUCAAUUUGCUCAUCAACUGAGGGUGAGAGGUAGUAAGGUUGUUCCUGGUGUUGGCAAAUUGCAAAUUUCAGCACCGGUGAAUAACCCUCAAUUGGGUAAAGUUGACAAAAUCGAGAGAGUUAUAAUGGAUGAUGAUUUGAAACGAUAUGCUGGUGCUGGUCUUGCACCAAUGUCUCCUUCUCAACAACAACAAGGAAACCAAGGACAACAUCGUGCAGCUCUGAGAUCUUCAAUGUUCAAUAAACAAUUGCUCACGCCAGAAGAAAUUGCCGAUGAGAGAACAGGUAAAUACACUCAUUUGUCAAAUUACAUCAGCCAACAAGAGUCAAGGUAUUUGUACCAAUCACAGAUCAAGGAGCAACAAGGUAACCAACGAGGUUCCACUAUGCAAUCGCCUUUCAAUGUAGGUGACAAUGAUGACAAUGAGUUUCCAUCGCCGCAGAUUGGCACUAGCGACGCUGAUCAACCAUCAUGGGCCACUGGCGGUGGUGGUGACGCAACUUCAUCCUUAUUCACUAGUAGUCAAGCUGCACCACCUCCUGUGCCUCCACCGCAUUUGGAUACGAGUUAUAUGACACAACAUUCGAAGGAGAAGAAGCACCAACAUGGAGAAGGUGAAGAGCAGACAGAUUAUGAUGAUGAUGAUGAUGAUGAUGUUUACAACAGGGCCAAAAUUUCUCAUUUAUGGCAAUGCUAUUUAUUACGUGUUUUGUACAAUCGUAUUCAGUUGCGUCAGGAAAUCAAUCAAUUUGAACAAUAUUUGAUCACAAAGGAGACUAGUGAUGUCAUCAAUAUGAUAUUUGAACGCGCUCGACGUGAUGCUGAAUUGAGUGAUGAUGACGGGACAAUCACGAGUGCGGUUAAUAAUCACAACCUCAAGAAGAUGUCUUCGAAUUUACUGCCAAAAAAGAAGAACGAUGAUGAUGUAACUGGAUCUGUUGCUCAGAAAGAGAAUGAAGCGACAACAAAAGCUGAUGCCACCUCUUCGAAAGUUGUUCCACCAGUUGGAUCCGGUGCUGGUGUUGAUGAAGAUGAAGAUGUUGCUUCUUCAUCUUCGAUCUAUUCUCAAGAUGACAUAAUUUCAACCACUACAUUUUCAACCACAACUAGCUCACAUAUCACGGCAAGUACCAAUGAACAUGGCGAUGUAUUGAUUGAUCCACGGGAUCAAGAGUUUACAAACACAGUGCUCAAUCGAAGAUCCAUACUUGCUGAAAUGUUGGAAUAUCGUUCCUCAGAAGAGGAUGAUGAAGAGGAACUGGAAAACGAUACCAUAUCCUAUUCUUCAAUUAGUCAAUUGAGUAAAUCAGCGUUGGGAUCAAUCAAGACACGUGGCAGCUUACCUAGUUUACGCAAUGGUGGUGGUGGAUUGGAUGAGUUGAGACGGUAUGGAACAAUAAUUAAGCGACCAUCGAGGAGACGGAGAUCUACUCAUGAUGCAGGUGAUGAUGAUGAUGAUGAUGAUGAGCAAAGAUCAUUGCAAAGUGCUGGUACAUUGGGGAUGAAGAGAAGCUUCGGGAUGAAUCACAGUUUAAAUGAAUUGACUGUUUCCAAAAUCAAUUAA